AUGGGUCGUCAUUUGCUUUCCAACAUCCCAGCUAAAUUCCGACGUCCUCCUGUGCUGAGACGGAAUCGACAUUCAGAGCAAGCAUCAUCCCACGGAACCGCUACAUCCGUCACACAGUCCAAUCAAUUUAAUCAACAAAAGGAAUACGGGCUCGAGAACGGCGCAGAAGGUAACCGACGGCCGUGCCAAUAUUGUAUGGAUCUCAAAAGAGACAACUUCGUACAAAAUGGUUACCAAUAUAAACCCUUCCCUUUCUCCGCUUACCGUAUGAUGUCCGCCAAAAGUAUCGAAUGUCCGUAUUGCAACCUCAUCAUAAAUGCUAUACGGGCAUUUGAUGAUAUUGGUCCACUAUUCGGUAGACCCUGGGAGCUGAGAGCUACGCAUGGCUUGGUUUUGAUGGGAGAUGAGAACGGGAGAAAGCACCAGCUUGAGUUUUAUGUAACUCCGGAAGAAGAGAGAUCGCCAAUCCUUCCAAGCUCCAUUUCCUCGUCCAAACAUGUCCGUUCAAUCUGGGAUGACCCGCGUGAAAUCGAGAUUCUGAAAGGCUGGCUGGUGAAAGACACUCCUCAGCCAGCGAAAUUGCCCACUCGAGUCCUCGACCUAGGGAUUGGCACGGACAAUCUUGACAAUAUUCGUAUUCUCGAGAGCCCUGCGGCAGCACAGCGGGGACUAUAUGCCGCAUUAAGCCAUUGCUGGCUUCGGGAAGACAUUGAGACUACCAAGACCAUGUCCCACAAUGUCAAGACUCGGCUGGCAAAAUUGGCACUGCCCGAUCUCCCAGACACUUUUAGACAGGCCAUAUCCGUCUGUCGACGGAUCGGCGUUCAAUACUUAUGGAUCGACUCUCUCUGUAUCAUCCAGGACAAUUCAGCUGACUGGAAAAGGGAAGCCGCAGAUAUGAACAAUGUCUAUGCAAAUGCGUGGUUCACUAUUGCAAUACACCACUCCACUCGUGGGCACAUGCCCUUCAAGGACGUCCGGCUUAGAGUUGGUGGCCAAUCAGCUGUCGUUCACGUUAGGCGCAUUCCCGAGCUAAAGGACAUAGUCGAAAGCAGAGCUGUCGCGCCAGCGGUCAGUAACGUGUACGAGGUGGCGGACAAUGUACAUUGGAGCUCAGUCUCGCAACGGGGUUGGUGCUAUCAGGAACGCGCGCUUUCGCACCGCAUGAUCCACUUUACAGAUCACGAGUACCUGUAUGAGGAGAGAGGGAGCGUGAGAAGGUGCCAAUGCAACCAGCACUUUGGAUGGGGGUUAGGAUUCGCUGGAUCUUUACCACGAUGGUCGACUCAGCAGGAGGGCACACAUCACGCAUGGAGCACUUUGGUACAGCAGUACACGCAGCGAAUGUUUGGGCGCAGAUCCGAUCUUCUGCCUGGAUUUGCUGGAGUCGCCGAAAGGUUUAGCGAGAGGCGUGAUCUAGGUCGAUACAUCGCUGGGUUAUGGGAAAAGGACUUGAUCAAGUGGCUAUGUUGGAAAAGUCAGGAAUGGGUGUCCGCCCGCGCCAGUACCUGGGCGUGCGAGAACUGUCGACCACAUCCCCGACGUAUUCCAUGGACAAGAGACGAGCCCAUACCAAGUUUUUCAUGGGCGUCCCGUUUUGGUCCUUGCGAGUUUGUAUACGAUUCGUGGAAGCUCAAUGGUAGCACCGAAGCGGCAUUCAUCGAACGUAUUGAGUGUCUGAUGGAUGAGGAAAAUCCCUUUCUCAAGGUACGUCGAUUGAUUCCGGAAAACUGGCCUGAAGACCCUUGUGGACGGUAUCUUCGUGUUCGAGGUUCACUGUACCCAUGCCUGCACUUCUCUACGUGUGGACGUGGGUUCGAGUUCAAUGUGAGCAUGUCCCUAUGCCAAAAGGAAUAUGCAUGGGCUGUACCCGAUCACUUUGUGAGGAAAUGGGAUCUCUCCCGGGCUGCAAAAGACAUCCUGGACGAUGCGCGAAAAUACGGAAAAGAAUACUGCAUUGAUGCCGGUGACGACUUGCCUCCUGAUAACUCGAGGAUCUACCUACUUCCCCUCUUUAAAUAUCCUGAAGGCGGGGCGAAAACUUGCCUCAUCUUGAGGCCAUGCUCAGAGAAAAUCACAGCCGAGGUGUUGGAUACUAUCGAAGGAUGGGACAGUCCGCAUUGGAUGGAGAGGAUUGGGAUAUCCGUCUUCAACGGUUCCCGGUUCGAUACUAUGGAGGAGAUGCCGAAUCAAGUGAUUCAUUUGAUGUGA